GAUAGUUAGUGGAGUAAAUGUCGACGUUCCUGGCGGAUUAUAUAACCGCACUGUGAGUCCGUCCGUCCGUCCGUCUGCUCUCCGCGGCUCUUCGCGUCCACACAGGCCGACUUCCAGGCGCACAGAUGGGGGAACAGCAGCAGCAGAGCCCCGCCGGAGUGAAGUACUUCCGACUGUCGGAGAUCGAGGAGCAGAACUCCUUCAAGUCCACCUGGAUCAUCGUCCACCACAAGGUCUAUGAUGUGACCAAGUUCCUGGAGGAGCACCCCGGAGGAGAGGAGGUCCUGAGGGAGCAGGCGGGAGGAGACGCCACCGAGAGCUUCGAGGACGUGGGACACUCGACGGACGCCCGUGAGAUGGCGAGCGGCAUGGUGAUCGGAGAGGUCCACCCGGACGACCGACACAAGCUGGUGAAACCUCCGGAAAGUAUGGUGACGACUCUGAAGGACGAGAACAGCUGGUGGUCUAACCUGGUGAUUCCUGCUCUGGUGGCAGCCAUCAUCACGCUGAUGUACCGCAUCUACACAUCAGAAUGACAUCAUCAGACGUGCAGCUGUGAUGUCAUCAACAGGCACUAUGGUCCCGUGUCCCGGCGUCUGAUUGGAGCGAAGGCGGCGGAGGCUCCUCCCAGCGUAGGAGGUGUUUGAGGAGCAGACGAGGAUCCAGAGGAGGCGUCUACUCCACAAACACCCACAAUCCAUUUCAGCCUGUAACCAAUCACACGGCAUUCUGCUAACGAAGUCAUUUACCCUGUUGCCUUUUGAAACACUGAUGUUUAUAGAAUCUGUCUGAGCUGGAGUCGUGUGAAUGCAGUGGAUGUAUAAUUUGUUGUUUUUCUAUCUUAGUGAAUGUAAAACGCAGCUCUGAUUGAAGGAAAUUAAUCAUGAAUCAGCAGGAAAAAGAUGAAAUCUGAGUAAAGACACAUUGGUUUGAAGCUGCAGAGUCAAAAGAAAUGAUCUAACAACAAACCAGAAUCCAGCUUUUCUGUUUCUCAACAAGCUGCAGCUGAUGGAUUAAUAAAACCUGAAAUAUAUUUAGAAACGUUCUCCGGAUUUUGAUAUUUUAGUCGAAAAUCACAGAAAAACACACCGAAUUUGCAAAAUCCUGCCUGGAGGUCCUGAUCGCUGGUUCAAAAUGCAAAUAAAACACAGACCGGACAGAAACUGCUGGUAAAGUUUUUAGAUUUUCAACAAAAAAAGUGCCUUUUCAGGGGCGGUUUGAGUCCUUGAACCAGAACCAGAUCCAGAUCCAGAACCACCUGUAACCCUGCUGCUGCUUGUUUAUGCAAUAAAAAUGAUUCAGAAUCUGU